GCAUAAUUAAACAGAACCCACGUUAAAACACCCUGUAGACCUGCAGGACGAAGGCAAUCGCUGGCCAUCCUCUUGUUUGACUUCUUUGAGGGUUUUCGUGUGCAGACGACGUCCGCCCGUUCUGUUCCUCCUCAACACAGCUCUCCCCCGGCGGCUACUACUGCUGUAUCAGUGACCACUCGUGUUUUUGGAACGUUAUACGACUACUGCUGUCUACUACUACUGCUACUAUUACUACUAUUGCUGGUGUUGUAGUAGUAGUGGUGGUGGUGGUGUACCUGCUACUGUUACAACUUCACUUCGCGUCUUAUCUCCGGAAGUUAGUCAACCAGUCAUCUAGUCAACCAGUCAACCAGUCAGCCAUCCAGUCAACCAGUCAUCAUGUCUUACGCCUCUCCGUCAUUCUCUCUGGCUGACUAUCUUGUCUUCACAGCAUCCCUGGUCAUCUCCUUGGGCAUAGGCGUGUAUCACUGGUACAGGAGUCGUGGGCGGGACACCAAAGACUUCCUGAUGGGCGGGGGGAACAUGUCCCCGUUCCCCGUGUCCCUGUCCUUCGCGGCGGGGGUCAUCUCGGCCGUGUCCAUCCUGGGUAACUCGGCGGAGAUGUAUUACUACGGGUCACAGCUCUCCGUGAACGUCAUCGGCGUCAUCACCGGCACCAUCGUCGUCAUGGCGGUGGUGAUGCCCAUCAUCUUCCCAUUACGACUCUUCACCAUAUUCGGUUAUCUUGAGUACCGGUUCGGCAGCAGUCUGGUGAGGAAGGUGGCGUCCGUGCUCCAGCUCUUGAACCUCAGCACCUACAUGGGCAUCGCUCUUUACGCCCCGUCCCUCGCCAUCUCCUCCGUCACCCCCAUCACCACCAACACCUCCGUCCUCGCUCUGGGCAUAGUGUGUGCUGUGUAUGCCUCCAUGGGCGGAGCCAAGGCGGUGGUGUACACGGACAACUUCCAGUCUGCCGUGAUGCUGGCGGGGGUCAUCAUCGUGAUCGUGCAGGGCUGCGCCGAGGUGGGCGGCGGCGCGGCGUCCUGGGCCAUCGACGGGGAGCACGGCAGGCUGGAGUUCUUCAACCUCAGCACGAACCCGCUGGAUCGCCACACCCUCAUGACGGUGAUCAUCUUCGGGGUCUUCUUCUCCUUCUCCACCACCGGGUUCUCGCAGGCCCAGUACAUGCGAUGGGGCUCCGUGGCCAGCAUGGGGCAAGCCUACUUCGUGAUAGUGGUGGGCGUGGUGGGCGUGGUGGGGCUGUGGUCGCUGAUAAACUACUCUGGACUGGUCGUGUUCUCCGUGUACGCCGACUGUGAUCCGCUCUCCGCUGGCUACAUCGACAAGCUGGACCAGAUUUUGAUGUACUUCGUCGCGGACAAGCUCGGGUACCUGCCAGGCAUUCCGGGUCUCUUCGUGGCGGCGAUCUACAGCGGCGUUAUGAGCUCCGUCUCGUCCACUAUCAACGCCCUCUCGGCCAUGGUUUGGAAGGACAUGUUGGAGCCACUCAGCAUGUUCGCCAAGGUGUCAGAACAGCGCGCCAAGACCAUCAACAUCAUCAUCUCGGCGGUCGGGGGCGUGGUGGCCAUAGCCGUGGGCGUGCUGGCGGGGUCGAUGGGCGGCCUCGUACAGGUGACCUACGCCCUCGGGGGAGCCAUCUCGGGGCCCAUCACCGGCAUCUUCCUCACGGCCCUUCUCUGCCCCUGGGUGAAGGAACUGAGCGUGAGUUUGGCUGCCUUGAUCGCCCUCGCCUUCAACAUGUGGGUGGUGAUGGGCAGCUUCCUCUACGCCCCGCCGCCCACCAAGCUCCCCCUCUCCACCGCCGGCUGUUAUGACCCCUCCGCCAACACCACUACGGACUUCACCACCUCCACCUCCAUCAUCGACACCACCUCCAUCAUCACCACCACGGAAGGCGGUGAUAAUGGUGGCUCUGACGAUGAUGUAUUCCCCCUCUACAAACUCUCGUACUGCCUCUUCGGCGCUAUCGGCAUCCUCAUCACCAUGGUCCUGUCCAGCAUCUUCUCCAUCUUCUUUGGUUUCGAAUCCCCGGCCAACCUUCCCGCCUCCUCCGUGAACCGGCUGUGCCUUCGUCUGUACUGUUGGAUGAGACGGGAAGACGUGCCCCCUAAGAAGCCUGGAAACGCCUUGCCGGAGCUCCAGACGGACGACAUCAAAGCCAUCAUAGUCAGCGAUACGGAGAAGGGCACCGCGGCAAAGCUCCACAAUGACCCGGGCGCCUUCAUGAUGACCCAGGGCGUUGUUGGUAGUGCAGGUCAUGUUGGUGGCGCUGAUAACCCUGUUCCUGUGGCCGACUUCCCGUAAUCUGUGUGUGUGUGUGUAUGUGUGUGUGUGUGUGUGUGUGUGUGUGUGUGUGUGUGCAAACGGGUCAGACUGUACAAAGCUAUUUUUUUAUAUGAUCAAAAUAAUGUCUGUUUUUCUCAAGGCUCAAGGCAUUAUACACAUUACACGUACCAUGCCAAUAAGUUAGGGUGUGAGGGUAUAACACACACACACACACACACAUACACACACACACACACACACAUUACAUCAGGUCGUACAAAAACAUAAUAUCGCUACUUUCAAGAACCGUUUUAAUUAUUUUUGUUAUUCAUUAUUCUGUUAUUCACAAUGUUCUCGUAUCAUGAUGUCCACGUACGAUCGAUCUGUCGUUAAUUGUUUAGUCUCUCAUAAGAAGACUCAUUAUCAUUAUAGUGUGAUAAAUAGUGAUGAUGAUGAUGAUGAUGAUGAUGAUGGUGAGCCUCCUUCCUUUCCUCUCCUUUUAUUUUGCUUUCCAUUCAUUUUCCUCUCCCUUCAUUUUCCUCUCCAUUCAUUUUCCCCUCCAUUCACUUUCCUCUCCAUUCAUUUUCCCCUCCAUUCAUUUUCCCCUCCAUUCAUUUUCCUCUCCAUUCAUUUUCCCCUCCAUUCAUUUUCCCCUCCAUUCACUUUCCUCUCCAUUCACUUUCCUCUCCCUUCAUUUUCCUCUCCCUUCAUUUUCCUCUCCCUUCAUUUUCCUCUCCCUUCAUUUUCCUCUCCCUUCAUUUUCCUCUCCAUUCAUUUUCCUCUCCCUUCAUUUUCCUCUCCCUUCAUUUUCCUCUCCCUUCAUUUUCCUCUCCAUUCAUUUUCCUCUCCCUUCAUUUUCCUCUCCAUUCAUUUUCCUCUCCCUUCAUUUUCCCCUCCAUUAAUUUUCCUCUCCCUUCAUUUUCCCCUCCAUUAAUUUUCCUCUCCCUUCAUUUUCCUCUCCCUUCAUUUUCCUCUCCAUUCAUUUUCCUCUCCCUUCAUUUUCCUCUCCAUUCAUUUUCCCCUCCAUUCAUUUUCCCCUCCAUUCACUUUCCUCUCCAUUCAUUUUCCCCUCCAUUCAUUUUCCUCUCCAUUCAUUUUCCUCUUCAUUCAUUUUCCUUUGCAUUCAUUCAUUUCACAUGCAAUUAAAUUUCAAUAAUAAUAGCGUCUUCCUUUUUUCUUCCUAUUUUUCCUAGUAUGAAUUUUUUCUUUAAACUGAUAUAAACUAUUGUUAAAAAGAAAAUAUAGUUAUUAGUAGGCUAUUAAAUUCUUAGGAAACAGUACAUUCAUUUUAAUUAACAACUCAUUUCAUUUUUCAUCUUCCUAUUUUCCUAGUAUACGAGUUUUAAUGUCUUUCCUUCCUUGCUAUUAUUGUUCGAGGAAAUAUGAGUAGGCUAUUAAUUUCUUAGACAUCAGUUCAUGCAUUUUCACUCCUCAUUUCAUUUUGCUAUUUAAUCUUCCCUUUUUAUCUUCCUAUUAUAUUCCUAGUACGAGUAUUAUGUCUUUCCUUCCUUGCUAUUGUUCGAGGUAAUAGUAUUAGCAGGCAUUUCUUAGACAGCAACAAGUACUACAUCCUCACAUAUUAUCUUGGUACAAGGCAGCCAGUGUAAUCUAACUAUCCCAAGACAUCACAAACGUCAUUUUUCAGCCUUUCUAUACGUGUGUGUGAAUAAUAAAAAAAAAAAAAACAUUGUUAUGUGUAAGGUAUACUUUGAUAUAACAUUAUCAUUUACUCGUUAUGUGUCUCAGCGUUGUAUCCAAUUACUAUGACUUUACUGAAGAGAAAUAUAGUUUUAUAUUCAUUUCGGUAAAAAAAAAA